AUCUGCUCUGUCACAGGCAUUCUGUGUAAGCAACUGAUAGGCUUGCUAAUGAAUCUUUGUGAAAUAUCUCUUAUAAACAAUCAAUAUUGCUGUGCUAUAAAAGGGCUUCCUCGAGGAAGCUUGGAGUGUUCAGGGAGGGGCAAACAGACGGGAACAAUUAGUAUCGGCUCAAUGGACAGAGGUUUGUCCACUGCUGCAAAUGGGAAAGAAAGGGUGCCACAAGCCAAGGAUAUCAGAUCGAGCAACCGCUGCAGCUUCCACAUGCCGCUGCACUACCCACGGUACACCGGGGCUGACUAUGAGUCGAUGCCGGAGUGGAUGCUUGACCGCCUCCUCAGCGACUAUGGCAUCCUUAUCGAUGCUGCGGUAGACGUCGACAGCAAGAGGAGGUUUGCCAUGGGCACCUUCCUCUGGCCAGCUGCCCACUGAAUGAAGCAAGCAUACUGCAUACAUGCCCACAUAUAUAUAGCAGCAGUUAAGGUAACUACGACAUCGAAAAUAAACAGGUUUUUGUAAGUUGAAGGGAUCCUGAUCUUGUUUGCAGUUUGUAAAGCUCCAAAUAAAAAUUAUAGUUUUAACUCA